AUGCAGGUAUCUAUUGGUACACACAAUCUGGGUGUGGUCGAAGCUUCAGUAGCCGACACUGCUGACUAUGACCUCAUCCUGGGGUUCACUGAGCUACGGAGGCUCAAACCCACCAUACAAUGGGAUACGGGCCAGCUGGAGUUCAAGACUCAGGAGCAGGACCGACCCCCAAGGAGACCCCCUGAGGCAGCAAGAGCAGGGGACCUAACCAUGAGGAGACCAACCCUUCAUGGUAACGAGUUUGUCUCAGCAGAGCGCAUACUACGAGCAGCUCUGGAAGAUGGACCCAUAGGGUUCAUGCUGUUGGAGGAGCCACCAUCAUCACUCCCGGCCUUUGGUUUUGUACCUACAGGCGCAGACAAAGGAGUCGAGAUGGAGGUAGAGGUAGAUAAGGUGGUGACAGCUGCAGACAUACCAAAGCCAUACCAACACCUGCAAGAUGUGUUUGAUGAGGUGGAAGCAGACAAGCUGCCCCAUCAUACCGAGCAUGAUCUCCACCUCGAGUUGAUAGAAGGAGGGAAGCCACCUCAAGGGCCCCUAUACCUUAAGGGACCCAAGGAGAUGUCCGAGUUGAGGAGGUACUUGGAUGAGAACCUCGAGAAGGGGUUCAUAAGACCAUCGAAGAGCCCGGCACGAUCACCAGUGCUCUUCGUACCAAAGAAGGAUGGAGGUCUCAGACUCUGUGUGGACUACAGAGGUCUCAACGAGAUCACUGUCAAGAACAGGGCACCAUUGCCCCUCAUCGAGGAGCAGCUGUUCUUGCUCAGGAAGGCAAGGAUCUAUACCAAGCUAGACCUUAGAGCAGCAUACAACCUCAUCCGGAUUGCUAAAGGAGAUGAAUGGAAGACAGCUUUUGGCACUCAGUUGGGACUCUAUGAGUACCUAGUGAUGCCCUUUGGCCUAGCCAACGCUCUGGCUCACUUCCAGUCAUUCAUCAAUGACAUCUUCCGAGACAUCAUUGGGAUAUAUGUGGUGGUAUACUUAGAUGACUUCCUGAUCUUCAGUGACACUGAGGAGGUACAUGUGAAGCAUGUCACCGAGGUCCUCACUCGCUUAAGGAGCAACAGGCUCUUUGCGAAGCUGUCGAAGUGUGAGUUCCACACCAAGACAGUCAAGUUCCUGGGGUACAUCAUCAAGCCAACAGGCAUAGAGAUGGACCCAGAAAAGGUGCACACUGUCAAGGAGUGGCCAAUGCCAGAGUCAAUCCAUGACAUCCAGAGGUUCCUGGGUUUUGCCAACUUCUAUCGAAGGUUCAUAGCCCACUUUGCUCGCAUAGCCAAGCCCUUGACAGCAUUGGUAAAGCCUAUAGAACGGUUCAAGAAGUUCGAGCUACCAGAGGAGGCCCAACAGGCCUUCCACAAUCUCAUCCAGGCAUUCACAUCAGCAGGAGUGCUUCAGCACUUCGACUACCACCUUCCAACAAGGUUGGAGACUGAUGCAAGUGACUUUGCUAUAGCAGGAGUACUCAAGCAGGAGCAUGAAGGACGAUGGCAUCCAGUGGCUUUCUACUCUAGGAAGAUGUCUUCUGCCGAGAAGAACUAUGAGAUCCAUGACAAGGAGCUCCUAGCUGUGGUCGCCUGCCUCACUCAGUGGCGACACAUGCUAGCUGGACUACCAAGCCAACUGGUCAUCCUCACUGACCAUGAAGCCCUCAAGUAUUUCAAGUCACAGAGACGCAUCACAGGUCAACAGGCUCGAUGGGCAAUACUACUAGCAGACUUCGACUUCAUAUUGCAGUAUCGACCAGGAGACAAAGGUGGUGAACCCGAUGCUCUCACCAGAAGGACAGACAUGCAACCAGCUGGUGAAGAGCAGGAUCACAAUGUGAGGCAACUACUGCCUCCUCGAGUGUUCAAGGAGACAGCAGACCAUGACUCGCUCCUAGUGGCCCCCAUGACCUCGAUGGAGUCCAUAGCACCAAAAGGUCUCAGAGACCUGGUCAAGAUCUUCCAGCCCUUAGACCAAGAGCUACAGGAGAUACAUAGUGUCAGGGGUCUCGCGCCUGAAACCCAGGUCGGUCUGUCGAGAUACUUGGUGACUAUCAAACUGUGCGACAGCUAUUGUCUCGGUAUCGGUGACUAUCAAGUUGUGCAGUGA